AUGGCAGAGCUCCACGAUAACCUAGCAGGCCUGCGUGGUCUGUAUCAGGAUCUCUCUGCCAUUACGGACUCUCCCUUUCCGAGUAUCGAGCGGCUUCGUUUCGAAUUGGAGACCCAUAUUCACGACUUCCGAAAACUCCUAGACAAAUCCCCCAAGGCCAACGACAGUCGCCAGAAUGUGCUCUCAGGAAGGAUUACGGUCGAGGACGUCGAAUAUGAGAUCAACCAGGAUUUCCAGCAGGGCGCGUUGCAGCUGGCCGAUGCACUAAAUCUCAACGAAUUGGAUGCUGCAGCAAUGUUCCUUGCCGCUCAAGAAUAUUCGCAGGUGUUGGACAGACCUCCUGUGAUAACCGCCAUCAUGCGAUUCCACGAGCGCCGCCAUUUCCUUCUCGAGUGUUUACGCCUUAUUUUCCGUGAGUCUUACGAAAUCGAACGCGAAGAUACCCAACGCCUCAUGCUAGAAGCCCUCGCCCUUAUUCUGGAAAUUAAAGACAGCCCUUUGCGAAACGCAUCGGAGUUCGCGAGGAAAGGCCUGAAAUCAAUGGAGGAGAUCGAGAAAUGGCUGUCGCUUCUUGGCGACCAGGUUCAAAAAGCUUCAAUCGUUGGUGCAGAAGGAGACCGUGACAUCAUGGAGGCCAUCGAAUACCAACGUCACAGUCUGCAACAACAGCAUGAGUCUCUUGCUGCCAUUCUUUUCUACAUGUUCAAGGGCACGUACACAAGUCAGGAGGACUUCCGCGUGCUCAUCACUCAGUUGAAAAAGCUGGAGCGCUUUGACGGGUUGUUGGUACACUAUCUUCCCAUCACAAUUGCAUCCUUUGUUCAGCACGGUUCUCCGGAGGGCAAUGGUUCGCAGAAGGAUGCGAGGGACCUGAAUUCCGUCAUCACCGCCGGCAAAGAUGGUCAAACUUGGAAGCUGCCAACUUUUCAUGCUGCCAUCAUUGCUCUGUGGUUAUCAGUAUACAGCGGAUUCUACUUCGAUGACAGUCCAAUUAUGGGUGUCGAUCUUGAGAAAGAGGCUGACGAACGGACGAAAUCAUUCAUGACUGCCCUUGAUGACGGCGCCCUUGACUUCAUGCUCGCUGUUUGCUCUUGUGUCAACAGCGAGGAGUGGGCUGAUCCCGCACGCAGUGAGCUUGUCGCGCUUCUGCUGAGGGAGAGCAUCAUCACGCUACCCGAGGUCAACUCAUGCGCUAUUUACAUGAAGGAGCUUUUGAUGGAAAAUUUCGAGGUCUUCGUGGAGUCAUGCAUUGCGAACAUGCCCGACGCAGUUCGGAAGCUGAAGUCCGAAGAGGACACUCAGCGAUUGGAACAAAUCACUGCUCUCAGAGAUGGUUUGACAGCCAACGUUCACCGUGGCUUAGUGGAAGCUCGAACUCAUCUGGAGUCCCUCUUGAUGAUCAUUUCGUUCGCUUUUGAGCGUCGACAAGAAGCUGCUCAGGAAUUUUGGGCCGAUCCUGAUGGAAACCUUUACGGAUUCCUUCAGUGGGCUUCUAAGCGUCAAACUGUUCCUCGAGUCAGUGCCUUCUGUGAGAUGCUCUGCUCAAUCUCAGAGGGUGAAGAAAACGCUGCAGCUGCAAACAGAUUCUUGUCAGAAGAAGACAAAUUCAUGGGCUCCAAGCUGAAGCGUUCCACGACAAUGAACUGGACACAGAUGUUUGCCGAAUUGAAAUUGUAUGCGGGUCGCGUUACUGCUGAGAAAACGGCCCCCAGCAGUACUUCUCAAGGAAUGAUGCGCACUCGAAAGCCAGAGCCCGUGGAUAUGAGCGAACCAGAAAGUCCGGUCAUGUUGACUUGCUAUCUUCGCCUCAUGGGACACCUCUGCAAACAAAGUGGCGCCAUUCGGGAAUGGAUGUUGCAGAAUGAAUCUUUCAAGGUCGUUGAAAACCUCUUGACAUUGUGCAAAGGGCCGAUACCCACUCAUCUGCGAGCCACCACGUUUGUCACGCUUUCAGCCUUGGUGACCGACAAGACCGCCGCUCAUGGAAACGAUAUGUGGAAUUUCCUUGACCAAUACCUGUCUGGUGCACUGGCUCCUGUUCAUAGCAAUAACAAAGCACCUCCCCCCCAGCAAAUGGUGUGGCAUGAGCAGCAAACUCUGCAGAAGAUCGGCGAGACUUUUGACCAAACCAAUGCGUUCAUUCUUCUGGUCAAUGAACUGAUCAUACCCGCUUCCGAUAUCGCGGGCAACAACUUGGCUCUACCAUUCCCAGAGACCUUGGGAGCAACAUAUCGUAUGCCCGGAAUCGAGCCUUAUGUUGACUUCGUUUUGGGUCACGCUUUGUCUCGCAAGGUGCAGGAACUUAAUGACUAUCAAUCCCGCCGUCUGGCUUACAACUGUUUGGAAUUUGUUGUAACGAGCUUGAAAAGCUUCAGUGAAGAUCUUGUCACUGUAUUUAGCCAGCCUUCCCUUGCCGAAUCCUCGCCAGCUGCGUCCGUCUUCGUCACCUACGUUCGUCUCCAUGCAUUUGCUCGUGUGAUGGAGUGGCUCUUCAACGAAGAUGUCUUGAAGGCGCUGUUUGCAAUCAGCCAGCAGGAUAUCGCCGAGGUUGCUCAAGCAGCGUCCGACUCUGUUCUGGUCCUGACCUUGCUUCGCAGCAUUGAAGUAAUGAACCUGGUCAUGGAUCUCCAGUCGACAUAUUUCAACGUUGUCAAGCCUUUGAUUAAAGCCCAUGCCGGACCCAACAGAACUAACGUUGCAAACUCGUCACUGGCUUCUUUUGAAGACAGUGUGCUGAACAACCUAACACUAGUGCCCGCUCUUUGUUUGUACUGCGGUACAGGUCACGAGCAACUGACCGUCACCUCCAUGGCUUUGCUGGAGAAGCUUACGAGUUCUCACAAGUUGAACAAAAUGUCAUCGCCAGAAUUGCUCAAAUGGCAAUCUUCAAACAAAAUAGUUGAGGUUCUUGCUAGUGAGGUGGAUGUUGACAGUGUUUCCCGUUCACUUGUCUCUCAAAUGGAUCCAGACCCGAGAGAGUUGGAGUACGGUGCUGAAGCAGCAGGUUACGUUAUUCGAGAAAGCCUUCUGGCUCUCCUGAACAGCUGCCUGUCGAUGAUCACAGACCGUCCUACUGUGGCCCAUCUCCUCCUCGGCUUCAGUUGUGUGGGCAAUAUCCUCGAUGUUCCAUCCGAGGGCUUGUUCGCAAAUCAGAUGUCUUUGCUGCAUGCCAUUAUUGGGUUUUUGCAGAAAUAUCCUGAUGAGGUGGAUGGCAGCAUCACAUCGUGGACGGUGCACCUCAAACGCAUGGCUUUCGAGGUUCUGAAGCAUCUUUGGUCCUCAAAGCUGGCAACUUAUUUCACUCUUGGGGAAAUGCGUGCUCAGGGUUUCCUCAUGAAUAUGUUUGCAGUACAGCCCAUUGUCGGACCGAAUACCGCCUGGAGUGGCCUGUCAAUUGUAAUGGACGAGUUCUGGUUCUCUGAUGCUACCUCCGCAUUGGCAGAGUUCCUCCUCUACCGCAGUCAUCUAUUUGCGUACGCUGCGACUGAGAUCCGCUCAGCAGCCAAGAUCGGCUCUCCAACGCUUCAGACGGAAGUUCUGUCGACCUUGCUCGGAAAUUCCAUCCAGAACAACGGAGAAUCCAUCAACAAUCCGUCUGUGUUUGACCUGUUCGAUUUCGCGGAUCUAGAUGUAUGUCGCGAAAUCCCUAUGCCUGAACUUGUGUUACUGGAUCAAAUCGCUGUUGAGGCAUGUGCCAAGGAAGCAGGUGAUUCGUUGAUUCUCUACAAUAUUCCCGAGGUCGAUGAGUUGAUUAAGAUCCGGAGACAAGAGCUGGCGGCCAAUGGCCCGCUCCGCCCUCAAGACGAAGAGGUGUUCCUGGGAGAGGCAGACAGUUUGAAGGUAACCCUUAUCGCAACAAAUCAAAGCCGCCAAAUUCAACGCAACCGGUACCUCGCCCUCCGAUCCUGGGCCGAGCUCAUCACGACAAUCAUCGCCUGUUCCAUCAUCGAUGACGCAAGCAGACCGACCUUCAUCCUCCACGCCAUUCAAAUGGUUCUCCCCAAACUCGAAGCUGCAAUUGAGAAUGACUCGCCAGAAGCUAUCGAAUUGGCACGGUUGGCCGAAACAUUGGUUGGCAAGCUGGCAUCUGACAUCUCUACAGCCCCUGCUUCUCGAAGUGGAGAUGUCAUUGAUGAGAAACUCCAUCAACUUUUCCAAGUCUCUUCUCGUGGAAUCACGCUGUCGACAGGCAACGUGUCAUUGAGAGAAAUUCUCUAUAGCAUUUGCUCUCUUUAUGUCACUCGCAUCACAUCGUCGGAUGAGACUCACGAUGGCCUGCGACGUCAUAGCCAACAAGUGGUCAAGGCAUCUGGGCCUGGCCUUAUUGAGAUCAUCUGCGACGAUGCCUACACUGGUCAAGAAACGUGUCGGGCUGCAGCUCUGCUCCUGCUGAACUGCCUUGCUAUUCUCGACAGCCGGACUGACUGUGUUCUGGCUGAGUCGAUUUCACAGUCCAAUUAUCUCAGUCUGUUCUUGGAUGCCGUCAGAUCACUACCCCUUGAGUUGCGGAAUGCCGAAGCAGCGGACACCGUCGUUCUGUUGGCAUACUACGAGUCUCUGUUGGCUCUUCUCCAACAGCUUUGUCAUACUAAAAAUGGAGCCAUCUCAGUCCUCAAGUCUGGUCUCUUCGAUUCAGUUCGCGACUCGCAGCUUUUCGCUGCCGAUCCGGAUAUUGGCAUUGACAUUGACAACCCCGAUGCCCUACGAAAGUAUUACGAUCUUCUCCUGUCCGUGAUCCGCGUCAUCGUCUCGGCAGUCUUCUCCCGCGGGGUCCACAAUGAACAAAUUAAGGCUCAGACGGUGGCUUUUAUCGCUGAGAACCGCUCAUGCAUGGUGGGAGUCUUCAAGCGAUUCGCAAAGAUUGGAGGUGGCGCCGCCGCCGAUCAUCAACGUACUCUUUGUGAACUCGUCAAGUCGUUCAUGGCUCUUGUGGCUGCCACCGAUUACCUAGAGUUCGAGGAUCAGGAAGUGCAACAAAGCACUCGGCCCACGCUAUUUUCAUGA